UAAUAAAGUAAACUCCACACUCGUCCAUCACGGGUUCGUCUGGAGCGGCGUGACGGAGGGACAGAAAGAUUCUUCUCCCAGUCCUGAGAGAGAGACAGACGGAGAGUGAGACAGAGACAGAGACAGUGAGACUGUCGUAAAGAGCAGCUGCAGUGUGUGUGUUUGUGUUACAGGUGAGAUGGAGGUACAGGUGUGUUUGGCGCUCUCAUUGGUCACUGUAUUGACUGUGGUUGAGGCUCAGGUGCCUCACUGGGGGCCGUGUCCCGAACCCAGCACUCAGCCUGCCUUCAACCUCAAACGGUUUAUGGGUCGCUGGUUCGAGGUGGCUAAGCUCCCAGCACAAUUUGAGAAGGGCAGAUGCAUUGAGACGAACUUCACACUGACCACAGACAUGUCAGCUCGUGUACAGAGCUCCGAGAUCCUUGUCGCGCGCCUGGUGUCUGCGCGUAAUCGUCGCGCGUCGUGUCUGCGCGCUGCGCGCAUCGCCCGCCGCGCAUCGCGCUGUCUGUGCUGCGCGCGCGCCGCGUGUCUGCGCGCGUGGCUGCGCGCGCGCGCGUAUCUUCUGCGCUGCACGCGCGUGCGUGUGCGUCACUGUGUGUGUGUGUAUGUGUGUGUGUGUGUGUGUGUGUGUGUGUGUGCUGCAGUUCUUCCCUACACUCCGUACUGGAUUCUCUACACGGAUUACGUCUGCUCGGCCGUGGUGUACUCCUGCACCGACGUCCUCAGGAUCUUCCACGUGGACUUUGCCUGGAUAUUGGGACGCAGCCGCACUCUGUCCGAGUCCACCGUCCAGCACGCUAAAGAGAUCUUCAUGGAGAACCGCAUCGACGUGAGCCGCAUGAUAGCCAGCUCCCAGGAGGACUGCUACAGAGCCGCGUAGAACCGGCCGUGUUUUUAAUCCUCUCUGUAAUGCGCCCUCGCGCCCUUACCCAAGUUCCCUUUACUCGACAUAAUCACUAGAACACUUUGGUUUAUUACUUCUAUCUGUAUCUGUAAUGAUGAGUCUAGAACCACACCAAGCUCUUCUUCUGCAUAAAUUCAGCUAGUAACACACCACACACACAUACACACACACACACAACAACCAGCUUUGCAGUUGGAUUCUAGAACCUCCGUGUUCUAGAUCUGAAACUUCCAGCACUGUGCUGUCUGAGAGUGUUAGAACCAAGCUCUCACAAUUCUAGAACCUUCCACACACACAAAACAAAAACAAACUUUGGAAUCCUCCAGAAUUCAAUAGGAAGUUUCUAGAACCUCCUUUACACUGUAAAAUACAAACAAUGGAACCAGGUUCUCCAGGAGUCUUUAGGAUUCUGUAAGUUUAACCCUGAAUCGUGGAACUUUAGCACAGAGCAUUGCAGAACUCUAGAAUCAGCCCAUGCUAGAACCAGUGAACGGUUCUACAGGUUUCUUUUCAGGUUUUCUUUUUUGAGACUAACUCAAAAGUUUUACUUCAAGAUGCUAGAACCUCUGUCAAUAAGGAUUUUUAUAAUUCCCUUAACUGUGAUCUAGAACUCUUACAGAGUUUUCUAGAACUUUAGAACCAUCAUGCACAGCUCUAGAACCAUC